UUCAGCAUUGUGUGCUAUUGUGCCAUGCUGUUGUUUCCAUCCUUGUAUAGUUGUUGUCGUACGAUUUAGCGAUUUUACGAUGGUUUAUUGUGUGACAUUUGGUUGUACAAAUGGUUCAGGCAGUGGCAAGAGUUUAUUUAGCUUUCCAAGUGAAAAAGGAAAACGUGACCAGUGGAUAGGGAAACUCAAUCGACAGGGGAAGAAACGUGGUCAGCUAUGGGUGCCUAGUAAGCAUUCCAGAGCAGCGUGUUUUGAGAAAGACUUAGGAGAAAGCAUUGGAUACACAGGUGUAGUUAGGCAGAGGCUGAAACCAGCUGCAGUGCCAACUAUUUGACGUUUGCUGUCAUCAACCGUCAGAAAGAGAACUAAAUCACGCAGCCGCCAUGGUGCAGCAGCGAAGCGGCGCAGACAAGAGUCAUGACCUGCUGACACUGUUCAUCCACCUGUGGACAACUCCUCCUUCCUUUCCCGUCUCGUCCGUCUCCCGCCAUGUUUCCCUCUCCCAUCCCCGUCCUCUCGCUCCUCCUGCUCUCCUGGCCCCUCCUCCUCCUCUGUGCUCCGGCAGAACGGCCUACCCCCCUGGUGGCAGCAGGUGACCGAGCGGCGUACCGGGUGUUUGACACCUCCCUCACCCACCUGACCGUCCACAAGAGGACAGGCGAGGUUUUCGUCGGAGCCGUCAACCGAGUUCUCAAGCUGUCUGCCAAUCUGACCGAGAUGAGGAGUCACAUGACUGGACCGGUGGAGGACAACGCCAAGUGUUACCCCCCACCCAGUGUCAGGGCCUGCGCUCACCGCCUGGACUCGUUGGACAAUGUGAACAAGCUCCUGUUGGUGGACUACACUGGCAACAGGCUGGUGGCGUGCGGCUCCAUCUGGCAGGGCGUCUGCCAGUUUCUCCGACUGGAGGACCUCUUCAAACUGGGGGAGCCUCACCACCGCAAAGAGCACUACUUGUCUGGUGCCAGAGAGGCUGAUGGGAUGGCAGGUGUGGUUGUCGGCGAGGAUGACUGGACCAAUGACCCGAAGAGAAAGAAAACGACGAAGGGUGGCAGCCGGCUCUUCAUCGGCGCCGCCAUCGAUGGAAAGUCUGAGUACUUCCCCACGCUGUCCAGCAGGAAGCUGGUGGCUGACGAGGAGAGCGUCAACAUGUUCUCGCUGGUCUACCAGGACGAGUUUGUGUCGUCGCAGAUCAAGAUCCCGUCGGACACGCUGUCCCUCUACCCUGCCUUUGACAUCUACUAUGUCUACGGCUUCUCCAGCUGCACUUAUGUCUACUUCCUGACGCUGCAGCUGGAUACACAGCUGACGCAGAUGGAUGCCGGCGGAGAGAAGUUCUUCAGCUCCAAGAUUGUCAGAAUGUGCUCCAACGACACGGAGUUCUACUCGUACGUGGAAUUCCCUCUAGGAUGCACUAAGGACGGCGUGGAGUACCGACUGGUCCAGUCUGCCUACAAACAAAAACCGGGACGACACUUGGCUCAGGCGCUCGGCCUGUCGGAAGACGACGAUGUCCUGUUUGUCAUUUUCUCCCAGGGUCAGAAAAACCGCUCAAACCCCCCCAGAGAGACGCUCCUGUGUCUGUUCACGCUGCACGACAUCAACCUGGCCAUGAGAGAGAGGAUACGCUCCUGCUACCGCGGGGAGGGCCGCCUCUCGUUGCCAUGGUUACUUAACAAGGAGCUGCCCUGCAUCCAUACACCGAAGCAGAUUGGAGACGACUUCUGUGGUCUGGUGCUGAAUCAGCCGCUGGGGGGUCUGCGGGUCAUUGAGGGGAGUCCAUUGUUCGAAGACCGCACAGAGGGCAUGGGUGCUGUGGCAGCGUACACGUAUGGCGAGCACACUGUGGUUUUUGUGGGGACACGCAGCGGCCAGUUGAAGAAGAUCCGCGUGGAUGGAGUCCCGCCGCCGUCCCACAAUGCUUUGCUGUACGAGAGUGUGACAGUGGUGGAAGGAAAGCCCAUCCUGAGAGACAUGAUGUUCAGUCCGGACCACCUGUACAUCUACCUGCUUAGUGACAGACAGGUGAGCAGACUUCCUGUGGAGACAUGCGAGCAGUAUCAGUCUUGUUCAGACUGUUUGUCUUCAGGAGACCCUCACUGUGGAUGGUGUGUCCUUUACAACAAAUGUUCCAGACAGGAAGCAUGUGAGAAGUGGCAGGAGCCUCAGCACUUCAACGCCAAGCUAGACCAGUGUGUAGACAUCACCGUUACCCCCAGCAACAUGUCUGUCACCGCCCCAGCAACGCAGCUCAGCGUACAAGUGAACCACGUGCCCACGCUGUCGGGUGGCGUGUCCUGCGUCUUCCAGGACAUCAGCGAAACCUCGGCGGAGGUGGGGCCUGACGGUCAGGUGACAUGCAUGUCGCCCACGCUCAGAGACCUGCCGCCGCACUCCUACGGAGAGAAACGUGACAUCCAACUCAGUCUUCGAUCUGGCGAGACUAAACGCACGUUCAUCAGCACCAAGUUCACCUUCUACAACUGCUCUGUGCUCAACUCGUGCACUUCCUGUGUGGGCAGCAUGUUUCCGUGCCACUGGUGCAAAUAUCGCCACAUGUGCACCAACAACCUGGAGGACUGUUCCUUCCUGGAGGGGCGCGUCAGCACGGCCCAGGGCUGUCCUCAGAUCUUGCCCACGUCCGACAUCCUGGUGCCGGCCGGUCUGGUUCGACCGAUCACGUUGCGAGCGCGCAACCUACCACAGCCACAAUCGGGUCAGAAGAACUACGAGUGUGUGUUUCACAUCCAAGGGAAAGUCCAGCGCAUACCGGCUGUGCGCUUCAACUCGUCCUGCAUACAGUGUCAGAACACCUCGUACUGGUACGAGGGAACGGAGGCAGCUGACCUUCCAGUGGACUUCAACAUCGUCUGGGAUGGAGACUUCUUUAUUGACAAGCCAGUGUCCAUGAAAGCGUUGCUAUACAAGUGCGAGGCUCAGCGCUCCAGCUGUGGUCAGUGCCUGAAAGCAUCUACAGCCUUCCAGUGCGGCUGGUGCGCCGAAAGCAGGAAGUGCGUGCUGCGUCAACACUGCGCGGCGCCCGAGCACAGCUGGAUGCACCACGGACGCCACAACGUGCGUUGCAGCCAUCCGUGCAUCAAAAAGAUCGCCCCUUUGACGGGACCUCGAGAAGGGGGGACUCGCGUAACCAUUGAAGGGGAGAACCUGGGCCUGCAGGUGAAGGAGAUUACGCACGUGCAGGUGGCUGGCGUUCGCUGUAACCCUGUCCCCUCGCUGUACGUCAGCGCAGAGAGGGUAGUGUGCGACAUGGCCGAGGCGCUUCUGCCUCACUCUCCCGGUGGUGCAGUGGAGUUGUGUAUUGGCGUGUGCAGCGCUGAGUACCGCACCAUGUCCACGCAAGCGUACGCGUUCGUGAGUCCCAGUUUGAGCAACAUUCGUCCAGAUAGAGGUCCAGUUUCCGGGGGAACCAGACUGACAGUGGCCGGUCGGAACUUGGACGCUGGCAGCAGCUUGUCUGUCAUCAUCGACAAAGACGAAUGUCUGUUUGUCAAACGCAACAAUCGGGAAGUAGUCUGCAUCACUCCCGCUUCGCCGUCUGGUGUUGGCCCCGCCGCCAUCCGCCUGAUAAUCGACAAGGCGGAAGUGACCAGCUCAGAGAUCAAAUACACGUACACGGAGGACCCAACUGUCACCGCCAUCGAACCCAACUGGUCCAUCCUCAAUGGCAGCACAGUGAUCACAGUGACAGGAACCAACCUGCUCACCAUCCAGGAACCCAAAGUCAGAGCCAAAUAUGGGGGUGUGGAGACCAACAAUUUCUGCACGGCGGUCAAUGACAGCGUUAUGACGUGUUUGGCUCCUGGCCUGGUCUACGGCAAACCCAACCCACCAGAAGGGGUGCUGCAUGCCGACGAGUUUGGCUUCAUCUUGGAUCAGGUGUCAUCUCUACUGGUGCUUAACUCCACCCCCUUCACACACUACCCCAACCCAACCUUCGACCCUCUGGGUAACUCUGGAAUCUUGGAGGUAAAGCCAGGGUCCCCUAUCAUCCUCAAGGGUAAGAACCUGGUCCCAUCCGCCCCCGGCAACAACCGUCUCAACUACACGGUUCUGAUUGGUGAAUCUCCCUGCUUGUUGACGGUGUCAGAACAUCAGCUGCUUUGUGAUUCGCCAGAGCUGACCGGAGAGCAACGUGUUUUGAUCCUGGUCGGAGGUCUGGAGUUCUCUCCGGGAACUCUCCACAUUUAUUCGGACAGUGCCCUCACGCUGCCUGCCAUCAUCGGCAUUGGCGCGGGUGGCGGCGUGCUGCUGGUCGCCAUCAUCGCCGUGCUGAUCGCCUACAAGCGGAAGACGCGGGACGCUGACCGCACGCUGAAGCGUCUCCAGCUGCAGAUGGACAACCUGGAGAGCAGGGUGGCGCUGGAGUGCAAAGAGGCCUUUGCCGAGUUGCAGACCGACAUUCAGGAACUGACCAACGACAUGGACGGAGUGAAGAUUCCCUUCUUGGAAUAUUGCACUUACACCAUGAGGGUCAUGUUCCCAGGAAUAGAAGAACAUCCAGUACUCAAGGAGCUGGAUUCUCCGGCCAACGUGGAGAAAGCCCUCCGACUCUUCAGUCAGCUUCUCAACAACAAAAUGUUCCUGUUGACCUUCAUCCACACACUAGAGACUCAAAGGUCGUUUUCCAUGCGGGACCGUGGAAACGUGGCUUCGUUGCUGAUGGCUGCGCUGCAGGGUCGCAUGGAAUACGCCACGGUGGUACUCAAGCAACUGCUGGUCGACCUGAUCGAGAAGAACCUGGAGAAUCGGAACCACCCCAAACUCUUGCUGAGGAGGACAGAGUCUGUGGCUGAAAAGAUGCUAACCAACUGGUUUACCUUCCUCCUGUAUCGCUUCCUCAAGGAGUGUGCUGGCGAGCCUCUGUUCAUGCUCUACUGCGCCAUCAAGCAACAGAUGGAGAAAGGCCCCAUUGAUGCCAUCACGGGUGAAGCACGUUACUCCCUGAGUGAAGACAAACUCAUUAGGCAGCAGAUCGACUACAAGCAGCUGACAUUGAUGUGCAUACCUCCGGAGGGAGAGGCGGGCACGGAGGUGCCGGUCAAGGUGUUGAACUGUGACACGGUGACACAGGUCAAAGACAAGCUGCUGGACGCAGUCUUCAAGGGGAUCCCCUUCUCGCAGCGACCGCAGGCCGACGACAUGGACCUUGAGUGGCGCCAAGGUCGGCUGACCAGGAUAAUCCUACAGGAUGAAGACGUUACCACAAAGAUUGAGAGCGACUGGAAGCGACUCAACACGCUGGCUCACUAUCAAGUAACAGACGGCUCCUUGGUGGCACUGGUCCAGAAGCAGGUUUCUGCCUACAACAUUGCCAACAGCUUCACUUUCACCAGAUCACUCAGCAGAUAUGAAUCAUUACUGCGUACGUCCAGUAGUCCUGACAGUCUGAGGUCCAGAGCGCCCAUGAUCACGCCAGAUCAGGAAACAGGAACAAAACUGUGGCACCUGGUCAAGAACCACGAGCACAGUGACCAGCGUGAAGGAGACCGCGGCAGCAAAAUGGUGUCCGAAAUAUACCUGACACGCCUGCUGGCCACAAAGGGGACACUACAGAAGUUUGUGGAUGACCUUUUCGAGACGGUCUUCAGCACCGCCCAUCGAGGGUCUGCUCUGCCGCUGGCCAUCAAAUACAUGUUUGACUUUCUGGAUGAGCAGGCCGACAAGAGACAGAUCAGUGACCCAGACGUGCGACACACCUGGAAGAGCAACUGUCUUCCUCUCAGGUUCUGGGUCAACGUCAUCAAGAAUCCCCAGUUUGUUUUCGACAUCCACAAAAGUAGCAUCACUGACGCGUGCCUGUCGGUCGUGGCUCAGACCUUCAUGGACUCGUGCUCCACAUCGGAACACCGACUGGGAAAAGACUCCCCAUCCAACAAGCUGCUCUACGCUAAAGACAUCCCCAACUACAAGAGCUGGGUGGAACGGUACUACAGAGACAUUGCCAAAAUGCCAAGCAUUAGCGACCAGGACAUGGACGCCUACCUGGUGGAGCAGUCACGUCUUCAUGGCAAUGAGUUCAACACACUGAGCGCGCUCAGUGAGCUUUACUUCUACAUCAACAAGUACAAAGAGGAGGUUCUGACAGCCCUGGACCGCGACGCCUACUGUCGCAAACACAAACUGCGCCACAAACUGGAACAAGCCAUCAACUUGAUGUCAGGCAGCUGAGGAGGCAAAACCAAGACAUCUGCUUACUGGGGAGGAGGUCUGAUUUUUUUUAUUUUAUUUUUUUCCCUGAACUGCACCAAUCAAUAAAUCAAUUUGCUAUUUAUUUGCCAAGCGACGGGCUGGGACCCAAUCGUGGAAUUAGCCUCAAGAGCUAAACAGGGGCUUCAACAGAGCCUCAACGACGUGUAAAUAACCACAACUGAUAAAAUGAGUAACCAGGAAGUUAACAUCCAAUCACGCCACACCUCCUGACCGACCACAGCUGUGUCCCCUUUUCCCUCAUUGGUCAGCCACACUGGCCUCUGAUUGGCUGGGAGAACUCUUUAGUGUUUACUGCCCCACCCCAACCCCCUGACUACUCUGGACUGUACCACCUUGCGGAACAUUCCAGCGCCGGCCUCACCCCCUUUUCAGGACUCCAUGAUGCCAAUACUGUGCCCGGCGAGCAGUGCCAAGACCCGUAACCAAGACCGGAACAGACUCGGACCAAAGCCGAGAUCAAAGAUCAAAGCUGAAAUGGACUUAACUUCAAAUACCCUGUAAAGUAGAAUAAAAGAGACAAUACGAUGACAUUUACGCUUGGCAUCGAGGGGAAAUUCCUGAUUGGCUCUUCACCAGGAAGGAAGGAAAGCCACUACUGGACCAACGCCACUGUGUGUGUGUGUGUGUGUGUGUGUGUGUGUGUGUGUGUGUGUGUGUGUGUGUGUGUUUGUGUGAGAGGAAGCAACAGACUGAAAAAAACUACUUCAUGCUGUUGAGUCAGGUCUAAUUACCAAUAUCGGCAGCCUGAAAACGCUACUUCAUGCUGUUGGGUCAGGUCUAAUAACUGAAAUGAACAACCUAAAAAAUGUUAGCUAAUGCUGUUGGGUUAGGUCUUUAAUUACUGAACUUAGACCCCUAUCUCACUGGCAUAGACAUUGCCGAGACUGCCGAGACAGAUCAGUUGCGGCGACUCCGGGACCCGGGAGACCAAACUAUUGCUUGCACUCUCACCAGAAAGAUGUCUGGGAGACGUCUCCAGACACUGACAACCAAUUCACCUGGAUGUCGCUGAUAUAGGCCUAUAUAUUCGUUAAAUAAAUAUAUAAUGUAUAUUAUAUGUGUUUGUGUGUGUGAGUAUCUGUAUAUGCGUGCUCCGCACUCAGCCAGCGGAGCAUGGACACCGGGACAGUGCUGUAAUGACGAAAACAUGUUAACGUCCACGAAAUCCAAAAUAAUCGUUCUGAUAUUUAUAUAUAGGUUGACCUGGGCAUAGAUAGUGAUGUCCAUAUGCAUUUUGGUGACGAUUCCUCGCAGUUUUGGGACGUUACGCGAUGUUGAGCUUUUUCUAUAUAUGUGGGAAAAUCUGGAGGUUUAACAUCCAUAAAAUCCAAAAUACAAGGGCAAUCGUUCUGAUAUUUUCAGAGGUUGAAGUGGGCAUGUAGAGAUGUUUAUAUAAAAUUUGAUGACGAUUGCUCGAAGUUUUGUCACAUUAAGUGAUGUUAGCACCUUUUUACAUAUCGUGAGCAUAUGAGAACGUCCAUAAAAUCCAAAAUAUAGGGGCUGUUGUUGUGAUAUUUUCAGAGUUUGAAGUGGGCGUAGGUAGAGAUAUCCAUAUAAAUUUUGAUGACGAUUGCUCAGAUUUUAGUGACAUUAAGCUACAUAAAGUUUUUUCUCUAUAGUGAGGAUUUAGAGCAGUCGCCAAAAGGUGUCCAAUGAAAUCAAACGUUCGAUUUCACCGCAACUCCUUGACGACCCUGCUAGUCUACAGGAGACUCCAGGAGACGUCUCCGCAACAGUGGAGACUCGAGUCGCCAUCAGGUCGCCAACUAGUCUCCAGGCCAUUGAGAUUCGGGUCUUAACAGACUUAAAAUGCUAGUGGGGUAGCUGUGGGGUCAGGUCUAAUUACUGAAAUCACACACACACACACACACACGGGUAUUUAUUGAUGAUUUUAUUUGAUUUAAAUUAUUGUUUCCACGUUAUUUAUUGUGAGUGCCAACCAGUUAGGUGUUGAUGAACUUCCUGUUGAUGGCGAUGGUGGCAUUUCACGGGAAUGUCGGUCACACACACACGCUUAUACGCGCCACCUUGCAAAUGUUGUUUGUAGCGCCGCCCGCUAUCGAUGCGGGCCCAUCAGGUGACUUGUGUUUGACACCGAGAAGAGCGUCCGGUCAGCGUUGCAUCAGGACACCAAACCACGGGAAGUGGUCGACUCCGCUUGGACAAAACACUUGAUGACCAGGAUGUUUCUUCAUGAUGUCAUCAGAACAAAAAUAAGGAACGAAACAUGUUUAUUUGUGAAAACAUGUUUAAUAGCAUUGCCUUGUUUGAUUUUUACUUUGAAAUGUAACCAUGACCACCAUGUCCAUAUAAUAGCCUGUUUUUUUUUCUACAUCGCCAUUGCCUUUGUAUGACUUUGUAACAUCAUUACUAAAGU